CGUGGGACGGGGGUGCUGGCGGCGGGACGGGACUCCCUUCGGCGCCGCUUCAGCCCUGCUUUUCCCUCCGCAGGCGCAGCGGCGGCAUGUGGCGGCGACCGGCGUGGCAGUUCCUGCGCACGGGCCUCUUACGGAGGUGUUCCUGGGUUUUUUUUUUCUCCUCCCCUCUUCUAGGACAUGAUAUUUGCCAGCCUCAAGUCCUUCGCCAGCUUCGCCAGUUUGUAAGGCAUGAGUCCGAUACAGUUGGCUCAUUGGUACUCGAAAGAUCCAUGAAUCGUGUUCAGUUACUUGGUCGGGUUGGACAGGACCCUAUCAUGAGGCAAGUGGAUGGAAGAAAUCCCGUUACCAUAUUUUCUCUUGCAACCAAUGAGAUGUGGCGAACAGGGGAUAGUGAUGUAACCCAGGGAGGUGAUAUCAGCCAGAAGACAACAUGGCACAGGAUCUCUGUCUUCAGACCAGGCCUCAGGGAUGUUACGUAUCAGUAUGUGAAGAAGGGUGCUCGACUCUAUGUUGAAGGGAAGAUAGACUAUGGUGAAUAUACCGAUAAAAACAACGUGAGGCGGCAGGCGACAACAAUUAUAGCAGUACCCACACUUGGGGAUUUUGAGAGAACGAAUAGGCUGUGUAACACUAGAUGUCCUCUGGCACUGCUUAGGAAGACACAGAAAACGAGAGCAUAUAGUUGCAAACUGUUGCAUUGUUUGCUCACACGAACCAGUUGGUGCAGGAGGUAGAUACUGUGUGUUUUAAGAACGCUGGUACGUAGUGCUGCAGGUCAGGGAGAUUUCUUCUCUAAGCAGAGUUUGUUUAGUAGCUUUGUCUCAGUUUGGCAGGGAAUUUUUUCUUCCUGUUCAAGACUGGAGGCUUCAACUUGAAGGACCUCUGUUUGUGAAAGAUGUUUUAUGUGGCGGUAACUUGAUGAAUUUAGAAAGACCUCAGUCUGGUAGCCAGUAGUGGUAAGAAGAGCACAGAAUGGACAGGGAGUAGACUUGUCCCUUGGGUAGACAACAAUGAAGAGAACUGGGAAACUCAACUUUUUCCUUGAGCCUUUAAAUAGUGUGAGCAUUCUACAUCAUUGCUGUGGAUAGAGCCACUAUUGUGUGGCUUUUGAGAGAGGGCUAAAAUAAUUGUGUAGUAGAGCAAACAUUUCUGUUACGUGGGUGUAUCUAAAAAACUGGGCCAGAGGAGAAGGAAAAAAAAAACCAACCACAAUUCUGGAUGUUUCUGUUGUGCAGGCUCUUUAAAACAAUAGUAAUCAGACUUUCAUGUGAACACUUCAGCUAGCAGUGCUAUUGGUUGCUGUUGAUAAAUAGCUGGAGGGGAGAAGCAAAUAUCUUUUUAAUUAUUAUUUAUCUUAAUGGUUUCUUCUUUGUGUUCAGUAUCCCCAGUCUCAAGAUGCUUUAGAAAUUACUGAGACUUGAUGAAAUAUGAGCUUCCUGUUGUCCCAUAAGCUGAUGACAUGGUAGCGCAUACUGAAAAUGACAAAAUAGAAAGGAAAUAAGCUGUAGUCAAAGAAUUAAACCAUUAUUUUAAAAUGUUCCUGGUAUCUUUGUUCUGCAGCUUUUCAUCAGGCUUAGCACCCUUGUUUCAUAGUAUAUAUGGUCACCUUCAAUUAUCAGCUUUCUGGGGAGAUAGAGCAAGAACCUGUAUUGGACACUUUUUUAUUUUAUGAACUAUUCUGUUCCAAAAUACAUGUCUUUGCAGCUUAUUUUAACACAAAUAGGUUGUCUUUGUGGAUGUGCUGGCUUGCAACAGGGCAAAACAAUCCUGGAGAUUAAAUUUUCUU